ACUGAAUUUAAAUUCACCAGAAUUUCACCACAGGACAAAGAGUUUCCGUGGUGGGGUAAUUGUUCACUUGUCUCUACAAUUCUGAAGCUCAACACUUGCUGUACUGAACUAAUAUCGAUGGGACAGAUGUUGUUCUUUCUGCUGGAGUUUAUCUUGCUGAAUACACUCCUCUACAGUGGACAGACUCAAGAUGCUGUGCUGAGGCUUGAGCCCAACUGGUCCACUUUUUUUACUGGAGAAUCUGUUACCUUCAUAUGUGACAUGAAGGAAGGAAAAGACACUGACUGGGAAUACACAAUCAACAAGAAUGAUCAAGAAUUUGUUCCCUACAAUACACAUAAAGACUACACAUUAACUCUGUCUACAGGCUACAGUGGUAAAUACCAGUGCACUGGUCGCCACAAGAGCUCAGGUUUCAUAAAAAACAGUAACAUCAUUUCUUUGACCAUAUCAGAGAAACCCAAGGCCACACUGACACCAGGCCCAACAACCAUACCAGUAGGAGGCAGUGUGACACUGACCUGCUCUGUGAAGGGCUCUGCUGGAUGGAAAUAUGAGUGGUACAGAAGUUCAGGCUCCUCUCAUACUCUGCUUGUGAGAGACGGUGCAAUAAACAAAGUGAUCAGUGUCUCACAAGGAGGCACCUACUGGUGCCGAGGAGGCAGAGGAAAACCAGUCUUCUACUCUUAUCCAAGUCAUGAUGUCUCCAUUGAGAUAACUUUUUCCAAUGUGAGAGUCAGUGUGACUCUGCAGCACAGCUGGCCUCAGAUAUUCACUGGAGAGACGAUCACUGUCAGAUGUGAGAUCCAGGGAGGUGGAGACACUGAGUGGGAGUAUGAAUGGAGAACUACCAGCUCAGACAAACCUCCAAAUCAACAUGAAUACAGGAUUUAUUAUGCUUCAUCAUCUCACAGUGGAAACUAUGAGUGUAGAGGCAGAAAGAAAAGUUCACAACAGUCUUCAACAAAGUGGAGCGAUUCCUUCAAUUUGACAGUAUAUGACAAUAAACCUCAGCCUGUCCUCACUGUGUCUCCAUCAUGGCUGAGUCCUGGAGCCUCAGUAACUCUGAACUGUGAGGUUGAACAUCCAUCUGCAGGAUGGAGGUUCUACUGGUAUAAGACUGUUCCUGAUCUGUCACACAACUCCUACAUCUAUGAACUGUUACCUGGUAACAGCAGAGGGACUGAACAGGAUUCCUACAUCGUUCAUGGUCAGACACACACAGCAGGAUAUGUGUGUAGAGCUGGAAGAGGAGAUCCAGUGUUUUACACACGUUACAGCCAUUCUAAGUUUGUUUGGUCUGGAGAUCUUCAUCCAGCAGCGUCUCUCACAGUGAAUCCUGACAGAGUGCAGCACUUCACCUCUGACUCUGUCUCACUGAGCUGUGAGGGAAACUCUACUGAGUGGAGAGUGAAGAGGUUUCCUGAACAUGGCUACCAGUCACACUGCUCUGACUGGGGGAGAAUGACUGGAUCAAUAUGCAGUAUUAGUAGUUUACAGUACACUGAUUCACUGGCGUACUGGUGUGAGUCUGGAUCAGGAGAAUUCAGUAAUGCAGUCAACAUCACUGUACGACGUGAUGGUAUUAUCCUGGUGAGCCCUGCCAAUCCUGUGGCUGAGGGACAGUCUGUUACUCUUGGCUGCAAGUUGAGAACAGAAAAUGUUGUUUCUAAUGUGUUUUUCUAUAAAAAUGACAAACUCAUCCAAAAUGAUACAAGAGGGGAGCUGAAUAUCUCUGCAGUGUCAAAGUCAGAUGAAGGUUUCUACAAGUGUCAGUGGUCAGGACAAGAGUCACCACAGAGCUGGAUGUCAGUUAAAGCUGUGUCCAGGUCUGAAAGUUCUUCGUUUCCUGUGCUGCUGAUUGUUGGGUUGGUUUGUGGAAUUUCACUGAUUAUUCUCCUGCUGCUGUUGUUUUGCUGCAGAAAGUCUAAAGAUCCAUGCUGUAACAGCCUCCUCCAGUCUCAGAGAAACAAUCAGAGCUCUGCUACAGACCAAGAUGAAAAUCAACAGCCAGUAUACUCGUCUCUUCUCCACGGUGACAUUUGUGUCUAUGAAUCAAUCAGAGGCUCUGGGAAUGGUGGGAAUGGUGGACAGGCAGAUACCACUAGAAAUGUUAUAUCUCAGAUUGAGCUGAAAGGUGUUGGAAAGAGAAGAAACAGAGAUGAUCCAGGGGAGAGGUCUGACUACUGUAAUGUGAAUCCAGAUUCUGCUACAGGUCCAUAAAGAGAGGUGCAUCAUUGACAAAAUAAGAGACUCAUGACAUGAACACAACAGCAUGAAAAACAUAAAUCAUGUUUAAACAUGUUUAACAGCAUUUAUACAACUGCUGCCAUCUGAACAUUAGACACACACCACUUUAUGCAGUUUUGUAGCAGAACAUAUGAGAGGAUUGCAUGAUCUGGAUUUAAUUUCAGCAUCAAUGACAACAUUACUGAAACAAUUUGCUUUUGUAUUUAUGCUUAUUUUGCAUAUUUUUGUUACAAUAAUGCAGUAACUUUGUAGGUUAUAUAGACCACUGGACCUUUAAAGUAAGCUGUGAUGUUUUACAUUGGUUUUCUCAGUCAUUAUUUACAAAUGACUUAAUGGGUGAUUACUGGAUGACUUAAUGAAUGGAUGAUGAGUUAUGUUGGAUGAAAAAAGCAUAAUGUAGAUGUUUUUUUGUUUUUUUUUACAAACUGAUGUGGUUGUUGUAUAAUGAUAAAUUAAAUCUUAUGCUGAGUUUC